AUGCAACGCAGCCUCUGCGCCGUGGGCACAGCAGUUGUUGCCAUCUCGACACUUGUCUUUGAUUCUACGCACGCCCACGGAUACAUGUCCAAGCCAGCAGCCCAAUUCAUCGACGCGGCCACAUCGACGGUCUACGCCAAGACCAUUACAGCUGCAGUCAAUGCGGCCUUCGGAGGACUCAAGUGGGACGGCAGUCCCGAAGGCAACACUGCGACCUUUAAAUCGUCGUUCGCCCAGACAGGUUACAAGUCGCUGAGGGAUAUGCUCGACCAGCAAGUGCCGAGUUGCGCCAACACUCGCACAGACGGUCCGCCAGUGGACGUGUCCGGCCUCACUGUCAUGAAUUGGCAAAACGACAAGGAGCACAAGGGAUUCAUUGACUCGCACCAUGGCCCGUGCGAAGUCUGGAUUGAUGACACUAUGGUGGACCGACAGGAUGACUGCGUCGCGACGUACGGCACCGGAUUCCCCGCGAGUGUGAACGUCGACUUUUCCCGGUGCUCAGGCGUGUGCACCCUGCGCUUCUACUGGCUCGCGCUCCACGAGCCCAACUGGCAGAUCUACAAGCAGUGCGCGCCGAUUAUAAACAACUCGGGGGCGCAGACACAAACGCCGGUGCAGGGAACGGUGACGCCCGCUGACAUUGCUCCCGGUACUGCAAUGCCGCAGAUUGGCAGUGCGGACAGCUACGGGUGUCAGAACCGCACCCUUCGCGCAGUUGACGAUACCCCGACUCAUCUGGCCAAUGGUGCCGAGAUCAACUGGACUGACAGUCGCUUCCUGCGCGCGUUUGACGAGUUUGCUACGAAAUUCCAGUCAAGCGCCCGAGCUGAGCCGACCGAGAGUUGA